UCACGCAUAUUUUUAGCUAUUUAAUUGUUAUAGCACAGAAAUCUUGCAUCUCUUGCUCCUGUGAGGAGCUGCUGCAACUCACUAAUUCAGUGGGGAUAAGUAUUUGUUGAAUCAAUAAUUAUUCGCUGCCAAGGCGAUAAUUUAAUAGGUGUUGAAACACCUUACAUGUCGGGGUCGCACGCGAGUUCCCUGAUGUAAAUGCCAACACACGGCUUCAACGGGCUUGCAGCGAUGUCGCACUUUUUAGAGCAGUUGCCCAAGCAUCUGCAGGAGAUUGCAGAGCGGGUCAACGUGCUUACGCCCGAGGCCAUAUUGACAACGCCGCGCAUUAAAUUUAUGGACACCCGCAGUUGUGAGUUGGAUACUUGUGUUCACAGCUGCAGUCCGGAGGAUGUGCGUAUUCUGAAGGACGCAGCUGCCAAGUGGCUGGCUGAGACGCCCGUGUCAGCGGAUUCUCUUUUUAAGAUACCCGCUCGCUUGAAGUGGUCCCGUGUGGGCUUUGGCUGUGCUGCACUUGAUCAGUGCACGGGCGGAGGUGUUUCGAUUCGUGGCAUAACGGAAAUCUGUGGCAACUCUGGCGUGGGGAAAUCCCAGGUCCUCUUGCAGCUGUCGCUCAGUGUGCAACUGCCUUCGACACUUGGCGGCUUGGGCAAAGGCGUUGCAUUCAUCUGCACUGAAGAUGCGUUUCCGUCACGUCGUCUGCUGCAAAUAAGCAAAGCAUUUGAGGCACGCUACCCGGAAGAGAAUCUGAACUUUUUGGGUAACAUCUUUAUUGAGCAUCAGUACGAAAGCGAACCUCUGCUCGACUGCGUCAGCAAUCGCCUUCCACAGCUACUGCAGGAGCACAGCAUUGGCCUGAUCGUUAUAGACUCAGUAGCUGCCAUCUUCCGUUUGUACACCGACUUCGACAAGCGUGCCCGUGACAUGCGACGCAUGGUGCAUGCGCUGCUUAGCUAUGCGGAUAAGUACGACUGUGCCGUGGUGUGUUCCAAUCAAAUGACUGCCACCGAAGAGACGGAUGAGGCGCGCAUGGAGGAUGUGCCCUGCUUGGGCUUGCAAUGGGCGAAUCUCAGCCGGACACGGAUGCGCAUUUCCAAGGUGCCCAAGCAGUACAAGCAGGGCGAUCAGCUGCUCACAGUGCGAAAGCUAGAAAUCGUCUACUCUCCCGAAACCCCAAACGCAUUUACCGAGUUCUUGAUAACCGCAGAGGGCGUGGUAAACGUGCCAAAGCCCUCCCGGCCAAUGCCCAUUAAGAGAAAGUUGACUUAAUUUGCUGAAUUGUUUAUUUUAUUUUUCGAAUUUAAAAUGUGUAACGGCUGCUGAUACGCCCGUCAUAGAUUCGGAUUUGUUUUUCUUUUUUUCAAUUUUUUUCUGUUUUGUUUGUACACUCACAAUACAUAUGUAGGUAUUUUUUUAUAUAUUUUCCAUCUAUAUUUAGUAGCGAUUUACACUUAGGACUGGUUCUGCUUAAACACUUGUAGUUAAUAGUUAGUAUAGUUAAAUUAAAUUUGUAAUUAACAUGAAUUCACCAAUUGUUGUUGUCGUUUUUGCUGUCAAAGGCGCAAGCGCGCGCUCCCUCUUUCUCUAUUUCUCUCUUUCUCUCUGCCUCUUCUAACUCAUUCGUAUACUUUAUCACAUGAAAUUUUCGAAAGUUCAAAUUACAAUUAUAAUAGUAUUUUGCAUUUAUAUUUUAAAAACUGCACAUUAAACAUUUAAAUGCGUUUCUAAUGGCAACAUUUACAAAGCCUAUACUUAAAACUAACGCAUACAUACAUACACUCAAUAAAUUACAUAAAUA